UUUAAGAGGCUGAAAGUACUCCAGAAGUCCAGUUUAGAAGGGUUUCCCUCAUUUGUCUAGGGGAAAAGGCGUGACGGGGAUGAGACCGAGAACCGGCUCGCUGUCCAGAACAUGGAUGCUACAUAUUUAGGUUACCAAGAUCGCGAGUGGAGGCGCUUUGGCACCGAGGCUGCAAGGCUACAUAUGCCAGUUGUACUGCGGAGUGAACGCUUGACUCUCACCGAAGAACCGAAGCGGAUCAGGAAGGUCUGCGGGCCGGAGACUAGACCACCAGCACCCGCCGGCCGCAGGAGAUGGACUUUCUCUCUGCCUCCGAAACGGAAACAGAGCAGACGCGACGGUGGCACACCAGAACCCGCAGCUCGCAGGUGCGCUUGGGGGCAAAACCCUCGCGCGUUGCUCUGAGGCUGCUGGUGGGGACGGCCUGGGACGGACUCGAAAAAUAUGCCGCGGCAGUUGCGCUCCUCCCUUUUUGGUGUGGAGGAGCUACCGCCGCGCCUCCUUCGCCCGCGUCACGGAAGCUUCACUUGCAGCUGCAACUGUUUCUUCGCGCUUCCUUUCUCAGAGGCACCAACUGGGGCGCCAGGGCAAGAGGGGGACCGGCCACGUUCGCGCGCGGCCAGGCCAGGGGGACACCCUGCUCCCUCUCUCGGUCGGAGCGCAGCCAGGUGGGGUCUCGCUGCUCCCGCGCGACGGCGCUCUCCGAAGUAGAGUUCACUUUUCAGAGAGGCAAAUAACUUUCCAUCUGUCUUCGCCCCGCUGGAACGAGACCACCCUUUCACUUUAGAAACCAAGGCUGGCCAGCCUUGAAUGCCUGCCUGGGAAUAUUUUCGUCUGGACGGUAAUAGAGAAAUGUUGCUCUUUCUUCUUCAUGUAAGAUAGCUACAUAUUUGAUAAAGCACUUUUAAUCAGAGACAUCUGACAAUAAUAUAGUAUUGGUGCAAGUAAUAGAAAGAGGUAAAAACACUGAUAUAAUCCACUAAACCAGAUGGUGACUGCACAAUUUCCUAUAAUACAUUAAACAAAGUGGGGGAAAAGGAGCAACUGAGGCAGCUUCUGAUAGGGAAGGUGAGAGGUCACUUCUGCUAAAUGGGAUAGAGAAGGGGCAGUUAUGAUCAGCAAUACUUAGAGAAAGUAUGGCAAGAAAGCAAAGGAAAAAAGUUGGCCAAGGAGAUCAUAGAUGAUCCGUUCCUGAGGUAAGACUAGAAAAUUUUGAAUCAAGAAAACAAAUCUUUUUAAAGGUGUUAAUGCAUUUAUAGGCUCUUGCUGGCAAUUGUAGGAGAGAAAUUCAAGGAAAUGCAUUUAUGUUAUCCCUGAAAUAGUUAUGUGGCUAACUUUUGUAUCAAUUACAAACAUAUAGAAUGGUCUUUAAUUUGCCUUUGAUUCUUUCUUUUCACAGAAUGAAGAAAUGCAAAUGCUCCUAUAUUUGUCGAACACGAUUGCGUGUUUUAAUACUGUUUUUAACAGUUGUGCUGCUCUUGCUGCUUAAACUCCUCAAAGCUGAUUGGAUUUUACUCUUUCACAAAGAUAGGUAUUUUGUAGAACCAUUUUUAAGUACCUCAUCAUUUGUGAAAAACAAGUACAGCUAUGAAAAAAAAUAUGGCCAAGAUAAAAUUAAUUGUUUCUCCAUCUAUAAUCAAGAUCCCAUGGAGAUUGGGAAGUCUUUAGAGAUAAAGAGAAAAAAGAUUAUUGAUUUAGAAGAUGAAGAUGUUGUAGCAAUGACCAGUAAUUGCCAGGAAUACCGAAAAAUUAGAGAAUAUCACCUAAAGGUCGUUUCACCAGAAGAGGAAGAAUUUCCUUUAGCUUAUUCUCUGGUUGUUCACAAAGAUGCCAUAAUGGUUGAGCGGCUCAUUCAUACAAUAUAUAGUACUCAGAAUAUCUACUGCAUUCAUUAUGAUCAAAAGUCUUCUAACACUUUCAAACAGGCUUUGGAGAAUCUGGCCAAAUGCUUCUCCAAUAUAUUCAUUGCAUCCAAAUUGGAAGUGGUUGAGUAUGCCUACAUUUCAAGGUUGCAGGCAGAUUUGAAUUGUUUAUCCGAUUUAUUGAAAUCUGCAGUUCCAUGGAAGUAUGUAAUUAAUUUGUGUGGCCAAGAUUUUCCCCUGAGAUCAAACUUUGAGCUGGUAUAUGAAUUUAAGAGACUUAAUGGAAGUAACAUGUUGGAGACUAGUAGACCAAGCAAUUAUAAAAAAAAAAGAUUUACCUAUCACUAUGAACUUAAAAAUAAUCAUUUUCAAUAUAUAAAGAUGCCAAUAAAAACUUAUAUUACAAAGCGUCCACCUACACACAAUAUUGAAGUUUUUGUAGGCAGUGCCUACUUCGUUUUAUGUCGAGCUUUUGUACAGUAUAUUCUUGGCAAUUCCCAUGUACAAGAUUUUUUGGAAUGGUCAAAGGAUACUUAUUCACCUGAUGAACAUUUCUGGGCAACUCUUGUUCGUAUACCUGGAGUACCUGGAGAGAUUUCAAGAGACGCUCACGAUAUCACAGAUCUUCAGAGCAAAACCCGUUUAGUAAAAUGGAGCUACUAUGAGAACCAUCUCUAUCCUCCCUGCACUGGUAUAUAUAUUCGAAGUGUGUGCAUCUAUGGAGCUGCAGAACUAAAAUGGCUCCUCAACUAUGGGCAUUGGUUUGCCAACAAGUUUGACUCAAAAGUGGACCCUAUUGUAAUAAAAUGUUUGGCAGAAAAGAUUGCAGAACAGCAAAAGCAAUGGGUUAGUUUAGCUUCUGAAAAACAUGUUAUACACAAAAUAUUUACGGGUAUCUCCUAACAGUAUGGAAUAAUUAUGAGUAGAUUAUGUGGUAUUUUUAAAGUGAGGAAUUGCUGGAUGGAGGGGGUUUUUUUGCUUGUCAGAGACAUACCUGUAAGGGAAUCUCUGGUCUAUCUUGGCAAAAUGCAAAUAAAUUUCUACAUGUGUAGCUAAAAUAAGAUGCUCUCUAGUUGAGCACUAAGCAAUUAACUUUGCCUGAAAUCUUUGGGACAGAGAUUAUAGGUAGUCCUCAUUUAGUGACUAUUUCAUUUAGUGCCCAAUCACAGUUAUGAUGGUAAUGGAAAAGUAAUUUUAUGACUAGUUCUGAUAUUUACGACUUUUGCAAAAACAAAAGAAGACUAAAGUAAGACCAUGAGCCAGGUGCAAUUUCACUUAGGGACUCUUUCACUUAAGAAUUGAGUUUCCAAUCCCAUUUGUGGUUAGUAAACAAGGACUAUGUGUACAAUCUUCAGCAAUAAAAGAUUAGAGACAAAGGUUGUGUCCUGAGGCCAUGUCUUCUAAAAAUGGAUAGUAGGUUAACUUUGUGCCAAAGUAACCAGGAAGAAAGGAUGCUAUCCCAGAGAUGCUAUGAAAUAUUCAAUGCUUUGAGAAAGCAUUCUGGUUGGUGUUCAAUGCUCCCUCAGGUUUUGACUAAUGUGAAGUUUUUAUCUGCAUAAAUUCUUGUCUCUUAUUCAUUUUUUAUUUCUAUAUGCAGUCCCACGACUGCCUACACUUUCAAAACCACUGGUUUACCUCAUGUAAAACAUUUGAUUAGAUUUUAUCUAUACUUUUGCUUACUGUCUUGUUUACAAGGACAGAGCUUGAAUUUUGUUAUAAUCAUGGAUCAAAACUAUGCAAAAUGAAUGAAAACUCUACUAAAUUGUAUAUGCAAUUAUGAAAUGUAUGUUGUAUGUUAAAUCAGCCUUUCUAUAUAUUUAAGGAUGUAUGUACACUGGGUAAUUAUAAUUUAAUUAUUUAAAUAAGAUUUAUUUUAUUAUUUUAAUAUAUUUCAAAAAUUCUCUGGAGCAACGAGAGAUAUAGAUAACGCUUUUUCUACACAAAUUUCUCCUUUGCCAAAACUGUAAGAAAGAAAGAUAUCUUUGUUGCUUACAUGCAGUUCUCUCAUCUUGCUGGUGUCACCAUUGUUAAUGCAAGUCUGCAAUAAGUAUUACAAAAAAAAUGGUGAAUAAAUUCUAUACAAAAUGCAGAAUUACAAUUCUGCUGGGCGGUACAAGGCAAAGCACGUUUUGAUAAGACGUGAUGAACACUUCCUCACUCAGUCACUUUUUUAAAAAAAUAUUUUACAGUUCUAGCUUUAAAAAAAGAUUGAUAACCUGAACAAAGAUUAGUGCCAGUCCUGCCCAGAUGCGAGGCAAGGUCGGUGGAAGAAAGCCCGGAUGACCCGACAACCACGAACACAACUAGACAGCAGUUGCAUGAACAAAAUGUACAAGAAAUCUUAGGCUGCCAGAACUAUUCUAUUCUACAAAGCAGGGUAGGCUUCUCUGGCUAUGUACACCAGAUGCUAAAAAACUAAUUAAAAAUAAAUUUAAAAAGUGUAUAAUUAAUAUUUGGCUUUCAAAAUAGGGUCAAGCCUAGAAUCUUCCUACCUCAUUUUUUUCAAUCUGAAGCCAGUAAUGAUUUAACGUUCUUUGUACUUUAAAGUAGCCUGCCUUAACUUUGUAUUCAAUAUGUGGGCUGAACAGCAACUCCCAGAAUUCCUAGUUUCUAAAAAAUUUGUGAAUUGCACCCUCAGCCUAUUUAUAAAAUGCCAAAUUGAUAAAAGUUGAUAUAAAAAUAUAAGAACUUUGUUGUGGCAUUUUUUUUUUAAAAAAUAUUAUUUAUUAUAAUUGUUUUCUACCCAAUCCACCCUGUAAAAAUACUUCAUCAUUAGCUGGAGAAUGACAGGUUGGGAAAGCUAAUUUUGCAAAAAGAGUAUGUAUCUGAUGAGUUGUAUAUGACCAGCCUUCCUGUGGUAGUUGAAUAUUCUGAAAAUUGCAAUCCCCAAACAUCUGGGUAACGAAUGUAAGAUUCUUUACAGUAAUUAAAUAAAUUAAUUACUGGAGAAGUUCUAGGGAUUACUUAAAUCGGUUCCCUUUAGAUUGAAAUGGAUAAAAGUUUACAAGCCUUUUGCAACGUUUCCCUUUAUUUGCAACAUAGAGCUCAAAGAUAGUCCUAUUGAACAGAAAGCCAAAGUAUACUGAUCCCAUAUCAAGUCUCCAGGGAGUUAGCCAGCAAUAUAAUCUGGGAACACAUUGUUCUUCUUUUGCAGAUUAUCUCUAGGAGAGAGGAUAAAGGGAAACAGUUUGUUCUAUAGGUGUGUCCAGGCAUUCUGAGCAAUUAGCUAAUUUUUCUAGCUAAAUUUUCUAACAAAACGCAUUGGUGUGUAACUCUAGUGAGACUAUUACAAAGCUUCCAUUUCUAUUUACCCAAUUAAAAUGGAGCCUGAAAUUACAUUGAAAACAGCUUGAGUUUAGGACAGAGCUUAAAGAAAUAGUUUUCAAUAUCAUGCUAUAGAUGCCUUUUAAAAAUCCUGCUUUAAAUAGUUUCAUUAAAAGUAUUUUCUUUCUUAUAGUUAGUAUCCUUUGAGAGUCACUGCUGUUUGAACAACAUGAGAAAUAAAAGGAAGUAAUUGCUAGUGCAUUGAAGCAGUGAAGUUUCAAAUACUGGACUAAGGGAGUAAGGGAAACUUUACUGCAUGGCUGAUCACAACAAACAGCACUGAGAGAAAGGCCAUCUAAUAGCCAGUGCAAUUCAAUAUCUAUACAAAGCAACAGGAAAUCAUUUCAGGAAAUUUGAGUAUAAGUAAUUUAUAUGUUCUAGACAAGCAGUUUUUUCAUAUCUAUAUAAAUAAAAAUGUAAAUGUUCGUUUGUUCAAAAUCUUAAAUCUCCGAAAGUUCUUCACCGAAAUUUUGACACAACGUUGCAUUCAAAUAUGCACGUGUUUUUAUAUACUUAUAUUAUAUAGAUGUCACACCUGUGACAGGUAAAAACAUGCUGUUUUUGAAAAACAGCGCCAUUUGUUGGACAUAAUCUCUACAUCUGCACACACAAUGGAACAACAAAAAAUAUUGUAUACCCACAAGCAUUGUGAAAUUAAACAUAUUACAAAUGUGCGCUUUCUCUUUUCUUUCUUUUCCAUUUAACUACACUGAGCCACAGCAAUGCGUGGCUGGGUACAGCUAGUGACAAAUAAAAAUAGAUAUAUGGGAGGAAGUACAAUAUAUUUAGACAACUCUGGCUGUCAAGAGUUGGGCUACUGCAUUUUACUGCAUAUAAAAAAACACUUAGCCUAAUUGUUUAAAUACAUAGCAAAGACAUGGAAUAAUACUUAUAUCAAUGGGCAGUCAGUUCAUAGUUUGAAAUUGAUUAAAGAUUGAAAUUCUGGGUAUGAAUUAUAUCUCCCCUUUGUUUUUGUAUGGAGUUUUCUUUUGAUCUUUUUUGUUUUUUUUACCUUUUUCUGUCUGUUAAAGUAUAAAAUUAAUAAUGAAACUGUAUAUUUAAAAUAAUACCAAUAAACAGUUAUAAUGCAACUGA